AUGGCCUCUGACGAAGUUCCAACAAACCUAAAGGACGUCGCCUCCGUUCCGGAUGGUACUGCCGGAGUUCAAGCUGGACUUGAUAAUAAACUUGCCGGGCUCUCACUGGCUUCACGUGCCAUUCACGCCGACAAUGGUAUUCAGUCGCAUCGGGCUGUUGCACCAGCUAUGCAUGUCAGCACGACUUUCAGGUACAACGACGAUCCUGAUGCAUUGAGGGCCUGGGAUAAUACCGAUCCUAACAACCCUCUCGACUCUCAUGUCUACUCUCGAGCAACUGGCCCAAACACCACCCGUCUCGAGGCUGUUCUCACAUCCAUCAUUGGCGCCCCAACCAUAACUUACUCAUCUGGCCUCUCCGCCUUCCACGCUAUGCUGGUUCACUUGAACCCCAAGCGUAUCGCCAUCGGGGAUGGAUACCACGGCUGCCACGGCGUCAUCAGCAUCAUGACCCGUCUAACAGGCCUCAAGGUCCUGCCACUUGACUGUCCCGUCGAGGAUCUCGAGCCAGGAGAUGUAAUCCAUGUUGAGACGCCUCUCAACCCAACUGGCGAAGCGCGUGAUCUGGCUGCGUAUGCGGAGAAGGCGAAGAAGGUGGGCGCCUACUUGACCGUUGAUGCGACCUUUGCACCACCACCUCUACAGGAUCCUUUCCAGUACGAUGUGGAUGUGGUAAUGCACAGUGGGACAAAGUACUUUGGCGGUCACUCCGAUAUGCUCUGCGGUACUCUCUCUAUUAACCGCAAGUAUAGUGACUGGGAAGCUUCUCUUCUUAAUGACCGUAUGCUCAUUGGUUCCGUUAUGGGUAGUCUCGAGGGCUGGUUAGGUAUUCGUUCCUUGCGAACUUUGGAACUCCGGGUCCAGCGCCAGAGCGCUACGGCUACUGCCCUCGUGGCCUGGCUGGUCGAGCAACAGCGUGAUUCCUCGUCUGUGGUCGGUUCCCUCGUCGAGCGUGUCCAACAUGCCAGUCUACAGCCAGAAGCUUCUGUCGAAGGAAGCUGGCUGCAGAAGCAGAUGCCCAACGGCUACGGACCUGUGUUUUCGAUUUACCUGCGUGAUGGAGAGCACGCUAAGCGUUUGCCUUCCAAGCUAGAGCUCUUUCACCAUGCUACCAGUCUUGGAGGCGUUGAGAGUCUUAUUGAGUGGCGUGCUAUGACGGACCCUAAGAUUGAUAAGAAACUGCUACGAGUUAGCAUUGGUGUCGAGGGUCUCGAAGAUUUGAAGCAAGAUUUUCUUCAGGGCCUGGAGGCGUUAAGAAAGGAAUAA